UGUUCUGAGUCAUCGGGAAAUAAAUUUUCCUGUAUUUAGUAUUUAAAAUAAGCUAGUGAUUUGAAAGUUUUUCCUGAUUUCUACCGAUUUAUUGCUUGUUUCUGUACUCCAAGAAAUUUAUUCUGAAUACAAGUUCUUUGAGAUAAGAGCCAAAUAAAACUACCUCCCCAUCAUGUUUUCGUCAUUCUUUGGCAAAAGGAGAUCAUCACCAGUAGAAGAUGACACGCCACCCAUUCCAGGACCUAAAUCGGAUGAUGGAUUCGUUGUAAUUGACCCAUCGUCGCCAAGAGGAAGUAUAUACCCCAGUGUGCCUGGCAGCUCGACCCCAGCCAGUCCGUACCCACUGCGGCCUCCGCCGCCCGUGCCUCAAGCCCAACCGAGAGCUGUUAUAGAUCAAUCCUUCCAUUAUCUUCAAGGCGUACCGUUCUCCUUCUGCCGUGAACUUCGUAUGGCCACCAACAAAGACUCCCUCGUUUCGGAAGUUGGCGACCUUCUGGCAUACUUAACGAAUAAAGUGAAACUCGAGAGUUAUCAAUAUGAUUUUUCAGUCGAAAAAAGUGUUUUGAAGGAAUGCUAGCAUUAAUGCAUGAAGAAGAUAAUAAAAUUAUUGGCCCUGAAUGGACAUUGCAGCAAAAUUAUGUUAUAAAAACUUAUGUAUAAAGCUUUACAAUAAUACUAACUAAAGUAUGCUUUAUGUGCCUUGUUUUCAAGAGAUGUUAAUUUGUAAAUUUGUUGUUAAAUCAAAAUAUAUUCUAUUAAUUAGUGAAGGUAACUAACUGAAACACCAGAAUUUACACAAGGACUUUAUAUUUGUUAUUUAAAUUACUCAACAAUACAGCCUGUAGUUUUAGAGGUAUGUACUGCUAUGAUAUGUACCAUUACUGUGUACUGUAGAAAUGCACUAAAAUUUAAUCUAGAAGAAAAUAGUGAUGUAAACUUUGAUUUAAGUCACAAUAUUGUGUAGCUAGUCUAGUGUAUCAUUUUAUAUUAUUAUUUUAUUUCUUUUUUUACUUUAUUUUGAUGUAACCAACCAAUGUUCACUGAAUUGUCCCUCCAUUUCAAGUGAGGGAAGUGUCCUGUUUUCAUUGUUUCCAGUCCACAUAAAUAAAAUCUAUACGAGUCAUACAAAACUGGUAAGAAAUUGCUAUCAAAAACAUUAUGGUUUUAUCAGUACUGGGAAUACAUUACAUUCAUAAUUAAUACUA